AUGUGUCUUCGGUCCCGGCCAUUUCAGAAGAAGAAAUUUGAAGUCCAGAUUGAUUUUUGUACAACAUAUGCAUACAGAAACAUGUUGCCUAUAUAUAGGUGGUGCCAAGGGAAGCCUUUGACACUGAAACAUAGCUGGUUGUCAUCACACCAUAUGGCUGCAAGAGCGUUGCUGGCGGUUAUCUUCCCAUAUCUCCUUAUGGUUGUCGCUUCCAGUGCCGACGACGGCGCCUAUGGCCUGCAGCCCAUAAGCCGGAGGAGCUUCCCCAAGGGCUUCAUCUUUGGGACGGCCUCCUCGUCCUACCAGUAUGAGGGUGCUGCAAUGGAGGGGGGCAGGGGAUCAAGCAUCUGGGACAACUUCACUCACCAACACCCAGAUAAAAUCGCCGACAAAAGCAAUGGGGAUGUGGCACUGGACUCCUACCAUCUUUACAAGGAAGAUGUGCGCCUUAUGAAGGAUAUGGGAAUGGAUGCAUACAGGUUCUCCAUCUCAUGGACAAGAAUUCUUCCAGAUGGAACUCUGAGAGGUGGAGUCAACCAAGAAGGCAUCAAGUAUUACAACAACUUGAUCGAUGAGUUGUUGUCCAAAGGGGUGCAGCCAUUUGUGACACUUUUUCACUGGGACUCUCCACAGGGAUUGGAAGAUAAAUACGGAGGAUUUCUUAGCCGUAAUAUCAUAAAUGACUAUAAAGACUUUGCUGAAGUCUGCUUCAAAGAAUUUGGAGAUCGCGUGAAGCAUUGGAUCACAUUGAAUGAGCCAUGGUCCUUUUGCGUUUGGGGUUAUGCAGAGGGCGUAUCUGCACCAGGUCGGUGUUCUCCGUGGGAGAAGGCAAACUGCAGCGCCGGGGAUUCAGGGAGGGAGCCGUACACUGUCGGCCACCAUCAGAUACUCGCUCAUGCAGCAGUUGCGAGAUUGUAUAAACAGAAAUAUAAGGGCAUGCAGAAGGGCAAGAUCGGAAUAACUUUGGUCGCAAACUGGGUUAUUCCCUUAUCCCGUUCAAAAUCAAGCAUUGCCGCGACGAAACGCUCUAUGGAAUUCAUGCUUGGAUGGUUUUUGGACCCGCUCUGCAGAGGAGACUACCCCCGGAGCAUGAAAGUAUUGGUUGGAAACCGCCUGCCGCAGUUCACCAAAAAACAAUCUAAAUUGAUGAAGGGUGCAUUUGACUUCGUUGGACUCAACUACUAUACUACAAACUACGUUGGUAGCCUUCCUCCAUCAAAAGGCACGAGGAACAGCUACUCUACUGACGCUCAAGCUAUUCGUACCGGUGUUCGAAAUGGUGUUCCCAUAGGUCCUCAGGCCGCUUCGCCUUGGCUCUACGUCUAUCCUCAAGGCUUUCGUGAUCUGCUACUUUAUAUCAAGGAUAAUUACCACAAUCCAACCAUCUACAUCACUGAAAAUGGAAUUGACGAAGCCAACAAUAAGAGCCUACCACUCAAGGAAGCCCUCAAGGACGACGCUAGGAUAGACUUCCACCACAGGCACCUUGAUGCCCUGUUGAGUGCGAUCAGGGAUGGGGCAAACGUGAAGGGGUACUUCGUGUGGUCACUGCUCGAUGACUUCGAGUGGACGAGCGGGUACACGGUGCGGUUUGGGUUACACUUUGUGGACUACGACCAUGGUCUGAAGCGGUACCCCAAGCGCUCUGCUGGCUGGUUCAAGAAGUUCCUCAAAGAUGAUCUCACUGAUCAACUGGAAACCAGCGACAAAGAUGGAGGCAUUGUACGUUUUGCAGAUUGCGAUAGAUGCUUGACUGAUUAUGCAGUUUGUUGGAACAAUAAAAUACUUCGCGAUUUAAAGAUCAAUGUAACAAGAGGCUCGUGCGCCAACAUAUCUAGUGAUACCAAAGUAUAG